AUGGCUUCCGAACAGCAGAUGAAGAACCCUCUUCUCGUUGGACGCGCCAUUCGUGCCCAACUUGAGCGUGAAGUUCCAAAGGACCUUCCUCUGGAGCGCGACUUCCGCGAGGACUCGGACUACACUAUCACAGACCAUGUUCAAGGACUGCACAGGAGCCUCAGCAAAGAUCCGCGCACUCUCGAUCUCGUCACAUCGCUCGUCUCUCAUCUGCACGCCUUCGCGCGCGAAACUCAGCUUACGCACGCGGAAUGGACGAAGGCAGUGAAGUUCCUGACGCGUGCCGGAAAGGAGAGCACGGACUACAAGAACGAGUUCGUCCUGUUGAGCGACUGUUUGGGGUUCAGUGCCCUCGUAGACGAGAUCAACCAUCCGAAGCCUUCGGGCUGUACCGAUGGAUGCGAGCCCGGGCCGUUCUACACGGACGACGCGCCUGUUGUGCCCUCCGGUUCCUCGCUCGCGAAAACAAACACGCAGGGAGAGUCGAUGUGCUUCCUCGGAACAAUCAAGAACCUGAAGGGUGAGGGGAUCAAGGAUGCGACCGUCGACGUGUGGCAAGCCGACGGUGAUGGAUUGUACGAUAUUCAGUAUCCCGACCGUGAGGAGCCAAACGACCGCGGCAAGAUUCUCGCAAACCCCGACGGCACUUUCAGCUACCGUGGUAUUCUGCCCACAGCGUAUCCUAUCCCGAGCGACGGACCUACAGGUGACCUGCUGAAGGCACUAGGCCGCCACGCUCACCGAGCAUCGCACAUUCACUUCACCGUGAAGGCACCAGGAUAUGACGACUUGACCUCCGCCCUCUACCCCUCACACUCGCCAUUUCUUGGUACGGACCCCGUCUUCGCUACGAAGAAAUCCCUCAUUUGCCAGCUCACGGAGGAGCACGACCCGAAACGGUGGGCGGACAUGGGCUUCAAAGAGGGCGAGGUCCAAGGUGGACGUGUGUGGGUAUGGAAGUACGACUUCGUGCUGCCGACCGUUGAGCAGGUCGAGGAGUUGAAGAAGGAGCGGGCGAGGAAGUCGAGGCUGUGAUCUCUUGACUGGACUGGGGAAAGCAAGAACUCCCUUGCUCAUCUAAGGACCCUACAUAAUAACGGAUAGAUGUCUGUAGAGACAACACGGGUCGAAUUGAUGUUAG